AUAAACGGCCACCCGACCCUGCACUGUGCGCGCUCCCUGGGAGUGCGCAGCACCGCGAUCUGGUGCCCGCUGUGUCCUCAGGACACAGUGAAACACCGAUCGUCGGACGGGACCUCUGUACGAGGUCCCGAUCAUGUGAUCACUGAUUGGCCAAUCAGUGAUCACAUGCAAAGUAGUAAGCAAGAUGUCACAGUGACAUCAUUGCUUACUACGUGUGAAAUCUGUGAAUGAUCACAGAGGUCACAUGGUACAAGGCUAUUCACAACAGACCAAUCACAGCUCACUUAGUAGUACUCAAUGGCUGC